CUCGACUCCGUGUCAGUAUUAUAUUCCAUAGCCGUGUUUGCCCCGCAGCCAUGGCGUAUUCAUAUCUUCCAUAUCCUUCUCAUCCCCCAUGUUGGCCUUCAGAGAGUCUCAGAUCCGACGUGGAAGAAAUCCAAAGAGACUUUCCGCCUGGCUCUCGGUAUCAAGAGUGGGUCUCUACCGGUGGAGAGACGAUCUACUGCGAGCGGAGCCGAGUAUCAGGACGUUCCCCAUCUCGAUACCAAGACGCGUUCCUCCGAUACUGUCAUGGACCUGAAGCUUCUCCACGUCGUUCGCUGCUUUCUCGUCGGUGUUCCCCUAGGUCUAGAUCAUUUGGGCCGAGGUCUCGUGGAAGAAGCCGUGGGCGCCAGGGUUUUGAACCCCCUAGGUUGAGUCGACGGCGGGACCAUGAUCAUUCGGAGUCUGAAUCCUGUCAUGGUGGAUCUCCAAAAGCCGAGAGAAAGAAUAGGUUUAAAGAUUUGACUCCAUCCGGCAUACUGGCUGCGGCAGGCAAAAAGGCCUGUGACUUGUAUAGAUCUUUGUCGCGCGGCCGGUGUGACGAUGAAAGAAGCAAAUCCCGCUCUUCUCACAGACGUAGAACCAAAAGCGUCUCUGGUUACUGCCCUGGAGAGUUCUAUAGCUCUUCGGAAGAGUAUGAGUACUGCUCUGAUGGAUACCGUCCACGAAGAUCAUGCUCCGUGCCUUGUCAUGACUGCAACAGUGAUGGAUCAGACCAGUCUUCCAGCUCUUCUUCAGACACAAGCUCAUCUUCCGGCUCCAGUACCGACGAGGCACACACUCGUCGCAAGAUACUCGGGAAAGGGUUAUUCGCUGCCGGCCUCGCCACCGUGGCCACGAUUCAUGCCGGUCACGAGCUCUACGAGAGCCGAGAAAAGCGUAAAGAGCGGCUGUUAAAAUUGAGCCAAGGCAAGAUCAGUCCCGCGGAGGCACGCAAGCAGCGGCUGGUGGGAAAUCUGAAAGACGUGGCCACACUCUCAGUUGCGGCGUAUGGGAUCAAGAAGUCCAUUGACGGGUGGAAAGAAGCUGUGAAACAUCAUUCAGAAUACACGGCAUACAACAAAAAAUGCAGGGAAAGGGCAAGAAAACGAGCCCAGAAACGAGCUUUAUCCAUUGAUUCGAUGUGAUGAGCACAUUUUUGUGUUAUAGAUUAUUGACCCUUUGCCUUUUCAUCAAAUGUGGACAAGCCUCCCUGCUAAGUUGGGCUGCGAUGAUGAUGACAUGGAUUUUUGAUGCCUUAUGUGUAAUGUGACUAUGAUAUGAUACCAGUUUUGCUUUAUAUCUUUGUUAAAGGCCUGAUCUCCGAAUACAGUGCGUAAAUAACAUCAUAUCUGUUAACAAUCAAAUAUGUCGCAUGGUCUAC